AUGAGCAUACAGGAGGUCAUUGAAGAGUGCAAGCUAUUUUACUUUGCUGGCCAGGAGACAACCUCUUCUUUACUUGUAUGGACGAUGGUGUUGUUGGGUAGGCAUCUUAACUGGCAAGAGCGUGCUAGAGAAGAAGUCUUACAAGUCUUUGGCAAUGACAAACCAAAUUUGGAUGGAUUGAAUCACCUUAAAAUCGUAACCAUGAUUUUGUAUGAAGUUCUAAGGUUAUAUCCCCCGAUAGUUGGCCUUGGUCGGACUAUGUAUGAGGACACAAAGGUAGGAGAUAUAUGCCUUCCUGCAGGUGUGCGACUCUCAUUACCAGUACUCCUAUUGCAUCAUGACCAUGAAUUAUGGGGUAGCGAUGUGGAGGAAUUCAAACCAGAGAGAUUUGCCGAAGGAGUGUCAAAGGCAUCUAAAGGGCAAGUCUCCUUUUUCCCAUUCGGUUGGGGACCUCGGAUUUGCAUCGGACAAAACUUUGCAAUGUUAGAAGCGAAAAUGGCACUGGCAAUGAUUCUACAAAACUACUCCUUUGAACUUUCACCAUCCUAUGCACAUGCUCCUCAUACUAUCCUCACUCUUCAACCUCAACAUGGUGCUCACAUGAUUUUACAAAAGCUCUAG